AUGCCGCCCGCCUCCCCCCUCCUCUCCCUCUUCCUCGCCGCCGCCAUCGUCACCUGCGCCACCGCAGCGACCUCCUCCUCGUCGUCGUCCCAGGCAGACGCGCUCCUGGCCUUCAAGGCCGCGCUCACCGUCCCGCCCGAGGCCGCGCCCAUCUUCGCCACGUGGAACGCCACCACCGCAUCCCCGUGCGGCUUCACCGGCGUCACGUGCGCCGGCGGCAACGUCACGGCGCUCUCCCUGCCGGCCCUGAAGCUGUCCGCCGCGACGGUCCCGUUCGCCGACCUCUGCGCGUCCCUGCCGUCCCUCGCCACGCUCUCCCUCCUGGAGAACUCCCUGACGGGCGGCAUCGACGGCGUCGCCGCGUGCACCGCGCUCGAGGACCUCAACCUCGCGUUCAACAGCUUCACGGGCGCAGUGCCGGACCUCUCGCCGCUGACCGGGCUGCGCAGGCUCAACGUCUCCUCCAACUGCUUCGACGGCGCGUUCCCGUGGCGCUCGCUCGCCGCGACGCCGGGCCUCACCGUGCUCGCGCUCGGCGACAACCCGUUCCUGGCCCCCACGCUCGCGUUCCCGGCCGAGGUCACGAGGCUCACCAACCUCACCGUGCUCUACAUGUCCGCGGUCAAGCUCGGCGGCGCCAUCCCGCAGGAGAUCGGCGAUCUCGUCAACCUCGAAGACCUCGAGCUCUCCGACAACAACCUCGCCGGCGAGAUCCCGACGGAGAUCGCCAGGCUCACCAACCUCACCCAGCUCGAGCUCUACAACAACUCGCUCCGCGGCCCGCUGCCCGCCGGCUUCGGAAACCUCACCAAGCUGCAGUACUUCGACGCGUCGCAGAACAAACUCACAGGCACCCUCGCCGAGCUCCGGCACCUCACGCGGCUUGUGUCGCUGCAGCUGUUCUUCAACGGCUUCACCGGCGAGGUGCCCCCGGAGUUCGGCGACUUCAAGGAGCUCGUCAACCUGUCCCUCUACAACAACAACCUAACCGGCGAGCUGCCGCGGAGCCUCGGCAGCUGGGCGCCGUUCAACUUCAUCGACGUGUCCACCAACGCGCUCUCGGGGCCCAUCCCGCCGGACAUGUGCAAGCAGGGCACCAUGCUGAAGCUGCUCAUGCUCGAGAACAACUUCUCCGGCGGGAUCCCGGAGACGUACGCCAGCUGCAAGACGCUGGUCAGGUUCCGUGUCAGCAAGAACAGCCUCUCCGGCGAGGUGCCCGAGGGGCUGUGGGCGCUCCCCAACGUCAACGUCAUCGACCUUGCCGGGAACCAGUUCAGCGGCAGCAUCGGCGACGGAAUUGGCAACGCCGCCGCGAUGACCAUCCUCUACCUCGCAAGGAACCGGUUCACCGGCGCGAUACCGCCGUCGAUCGGCGACGCGGCGAGCCUCGAGACCAUGGACCUGUCGUGGAACCAGCUCUCCGGCGAGAUACCAGACAGCAUCGGGAGGCUGUCCCGUCUCGCCAGCCUCGACAUUGGGGGCAACGCGAUCGGCGGGCCAAUCCCGGCGAGCCUGGGCUCCUGCUCGGCGCUUAGCACGGUCAAUGUCACCGGGAACAAGCUCUCCAGCGCGAUCCCCGCGGAGCUGGGCAACCUGCAGCGGCUGAAUUCCCUCGACGUUUCCCGGAACGACCUCUCCGGCGCCGUGCCGGCGAGCCUCGCCGCGCUGAAGCUGAGCAGCCUGAACAUGUCCGAUAACCAUCUCACCGGACCCGUUCCGGAUGCGCUAGCGAUCUCGGCCUACGGCGAGAGCUUCGUCGGGAACCCCGGGCUGUGCGCCACCAACGGCGCUGGCUUCCUCCGCCGCUGCGGUCCGAGCUCCGGGAGCCGGUCGGCGAACGCGGCGCGCCUGGCCGUCACGUGCAUCCUCAGCGUCACGGCGGUGCUGCUGGCGGUGCUCGGCGUGGCAAUAUACCUGCAGAAGCGGCGGCGCGCGGCGGAGGCCGCCGCAGGCCUGGGGCCCGCGGGGAAACUGUUCACCAAGAAGGGGUCCUGGGACCUCAAGUCGUUCCGGAUCCUGGCGUUCGACGAGCAGGAGAUCAUCGAUGGCGUCCGCGACGAGAACCUGAUCGGCAGCGGCGGGUCCGGGAACGUGUACCGCGUGAAGCUGGGCAACGGCGCGGUGGUGGCGGUGAAGCACAUCACGCGAAGGGCGACGGCGGCGGGGAGCACGGCGCCGUCGGCGGUCAUGCUGGGCGGAGCGGCGCGGCGGACGGCGUCGGUGCGGUGCCGCGAGUUCGACUCGGAGGUGGGGACGCUGAGCGCGAUCCGGCACGUGAACGUGGUGAAGCUGCUGUGCAGCAUCACGAGCUCGGACGGCGCGGCGAGCCUGCUGGUGUACGAGCACCUCCCGAACGGCAGCCUGUACGAGCGGCUGCACGGGGCCGGGGCGGCGGCGGGGCGGAAGCUGGGCGGCGGGCUCGGGUGGGCGGAGCGGCACGACGUGGCGGUGGGCGCGGCGAGGGGGCUGGAGUACCUCCACCACGGCUGCGACCGCCCCAUCCUCCACCGCGACGUCAAGUCCAGCAACAUCCUCCUGGACGAGUCCUUCAAGCCGCGCCUCGCCGACUUCGGGCUCGCCAAGAUCCUCAGCUCGUCCGGCGGUGCCGGCGACUCGUCCGCCGGCGUCGUGGCCGGGACGCUGGGGUACAUGGCGCCGGAGUACGCGUACACGUGGAAGGUGACGGAGAAGAGCGACGUGUACAGCUUCGGCGUGGUGCUCCUGGAGCUGGUGACAGGGCGGCCGGCGGUGCUGCAGGCGGAGGGAGGCGAGAGCCGGGACCUGGUGGACUGGGUGUCGCGGCGGCUGGAGAGCCGGGAGAAGGUGAUGUCCCUGGUGGACCCGGCGAUCGUGGAAGGGUGGGCCAGGGCGGAGGCCGUCCGCGUGCUCCGCGUCGCCGUGCUGUGCACCAGCCGCACGCCGUCGAUGCGCCCGUCCAUGCGUUCCGUCGUGCAGAUGCUGGAGGACGCCGCCGCCGCAAGGGAGGACGACGACGCCAAGGUCCUGGGGGUCAAGGUGGUCUGA